AUGGCUUCAGGAACACAAGGCUCUCGCCAUCCUGUGAAGAACACCAACCUCAACAGCAGACUCCUUACUGGUAUCAAACUCGGAACCAAGUUGAAAUCUUCUGGCACCGAAGUUGAAUCCGAAGAUUGUUGUCUUCCUUUCGCUUUCGAAGAGGGAACGCGAGGCUGGUUAGCUUCGUCACCACGAGCGCGUCUCUUCCAACUUCUCUUCUUUGCCAACGAGACGAACAAAACCUACGACUUUCAACAAGAAGAGAUUAACUUCAUUCGAAGCACACCGGUAGUCGCAGCGAUGGCCAAGGUCAAGUACGCCUUGGAAAAACUUCCCAAGCGCGGUCUUAAACAAAAGGAAGGCGAUGUUGUACACAUGCAAGAUGGGGUCCUCAUUCACGAGCGUACGGACAAGAAUGGCAGCAAAGUUGUCAAACUGUAUGGCUUUUCUUCUUAUUCUCAAAAGAAGAAGAAGAAAAUCAAGGAGAAGAAGGUGAAAAAGAUGGAGGAUACGGAUGAGGAUCAAGAUGAGGAUCAAGAUGAGGAGAUGGAGGCUGUCGAGGAGGAUUCUGAUGAGAUUACGAAGGAGGCCGACGAAGAAGAUCGAGAGUAUCCGAACGAGGAGCUGAGAGAGCGCGGCAAAAAAUUGGCGCGGAAAUUGAAGAGGUUGAACAAGAAACAGGCAGCCGUUGAAGCAGAACAGCAUGCAAUCGCCAGACUCAAGAAGAUGGACCCGAAGGACAAGACCAUCACUUCUCGUCAGAUCAACCUCGAUGAGCAAAUCCAGGAUUGCAAGAAACGUGAAGCUAAGAUGGAGAUGAAUCGUAAAGUUUUGAGUAUAGAUAUUCAGAAUGUGCUUUUCGAAGAGCGAAGAGCAACAAUCAAGCAGGAAGAGAGCCAAACCCUGGAGGCAAAGGCAGCAGAGGCAAAGGCAGCGGAGGCUAAGCAGGCUAAAGAGGUCAGAGAAGCCGAGGAGGCCAAGAAAGCCGAAGAGGCGAAGAAGGCCGAAGAAGAAAAGCAAGCAGAGGCAAGGGAAGCAGCCCGGAACAACUUCAAGCAACAAAGACCACAAACCAGCAGCAGAGCAAGUUCUAAUUACGGACAACGCAACCGAUGCGUAUUGAGAACAGAUGUCAGCGAGUACCGUAAUGUACACAGCAACUACUCUCGUCCAUCACAUAACCGCCAGUCUGGUGGCGACCUAGCACGUCUGGCUUCGAGAUUGAGCAUUGAGCCUCAACCUCAAGAUUGGCGACAUGGACUCAGAGGCUUGCAUGCCAAGAAUGGUGGUGAGUUGCAUAAUGCCAAAUGCAUGUUUAUGAGCUAA